AUAUAUAUAUAUAUAUAUAUAUAUAUAUAUAUUUACACACAUCUAUUUGACAUACAACUGAGUGACAACUGGUAUUUAUUUAGCAAGCAAUCAACCAGUAGUUGCUCAUCAUUUAUUAUCCGGAAAGAGGAUUUAUUGUGAGUAUUUACGAAAAAUAAAAAAAUCAGUUUUGAACAAUUUCUCAUCGUUCAACAUCCCAUUGAACAUUGUACAAACAAAUUUAAAUUUUUAAAAGAAAAAAAAAGAAGAAACAAAACAAAAUGGUAUCUGCUGCAAGGAUAAUUUAUCUUGUAGCCGUAAUCACAGCUGUUAUCUGUGCUAUUAUAGCGCUAGCAAUAAGUCCAUUUAUGAAACAUAAUGGUUUGGUGACAAGUUCACAGAAAGUCAAUCUAGCAUUCAUCAUAAUUGGUACAAUCUGUUUGAUUGUAGCAGCAAUUCUUGUAAUUAUUACAUUUAUCAAAUAUGAUACAAUGGUUUUUAUGAUUGUAAUCAUUGUUUUAUUAGGAUUAGCAAUUCUAUGUUUCAUCAUCGCAUUGGUUGUGAUUGAUAUGAAUCCAGGCUAUUUAGGUUGGUUGUUAGCCGCGUUAUGGGUAACAUUCUUAUGUUUAUUAAUUGCUAUCAUCAUUUGGGUGACAAAUACUGAUUGAAAUAAAUAAAAUAUUCCUUUUGUUUUUCCAUUUUGUACAUGAAUUUUUGUUUGUAAUGAUUGGUUUUAUUUUUAAAUAAAUGUAUUCUUUUUAAAAAAAA